GUGACGCGGCCGGUGCCGCAGGCGCGGGGCCCCGGCGGGGAUGUCCCGCAAACAGGCGGGCAAGGCCCGGCCCAGCGCCAGCGCCAGCGCCGCCAGGAAGCGCCGGCGGCCCCGGCAUUCCCCCGCCGGACCGGCCAAGGGCUCCGCUCCGGGCAACAGCGGCGGCCUCGCCGGGCAGCUCCGGGCCCUCGGCCUCAAGCUGCGAGAAGUGCCGGGAGAUGGCAACUGCUUGUUCCGGGCCCUGGGGGACCAGCUGGAGGGGCACUCCCGGAACCACCUGCGGCACCGCCAGGAGACCGUGCAGUUCAUGGUGAGGCAGCGCGGGGACUUCGAGCCCUUCGUGGAGGAUGAUGUGCCCUUUGACAAACAUGUUGCCAAUUUGGCCAAGCCUGGUACUUUUGCUGGCAAUGAUGCUAUUGUGGCCUUUGCAAGGAACAAUCAAAUGAAUGUGGUUAUUCAUCAGCUCAACACUCCUCUGUGGCAGAUCCGGGGCACAGACAGGAGCGAUGCCCGGGAGCUGCACAUCGCCUACAGGUACGGGGAGCACUACGACAGCAUCAGGAGGCUCAGCGAUGACUCGGAAGCUCCGGCUUACCUUCGGAUGGAGAUGCUUUGCAAGAACGAUUCGAAUAAGGCAGAGGAAGUGAAGCCACAGAAGGGCAACUCUGAAGAUGAGACUCACGUGGAUAUGGAAGAUGCUGUACAAAAAGUGUGCAGUGCAACUGGGUGUUCAGACAUGGAUUUAGUAAGCCACAUUCUGGAGGUGGAGGACUACAACGUGGAGUCUGCAAUAUUUGCCAUCUUGCAGGUGAAGGAAGGGGAAGGAAUGGGUACGGAGGAGCAGCAGGAGCCCCUGGGCAGGGAGCAAAAAUCCUGCAGCAGGACACUGUGGGAAGAGAAUGGAACUGGUUCAAGAAUCUUUGGAAAUCAGAGCUUGCAUCAAGGUGAAGCAGAGAACAACAAGGGACAAGCUGGAUCCAGGGAAGAGAACCGAGCCAGCAGAAACCCAAAGGUGUGUGAGUGGUUUGGCAGCAAGGUAGCCAAGAAGCAAAGGAAGGAGCAGCAGCAGCUGGAGAAGAAGAAGCGGCAGGAGGAGAGGCACCGGCAGAAGGUCCUGGCCACCAAGAGGGACAGUGCAGACCCCAGGACAGAGACAGACCCAGCCAGCCACAUCACCCUGGUGAAGGCCAUGGCAGCCCUAAACAUAUGACUCAGUGCCCUGAUGAGAAAAGCAAAUAAAACUGAUGAAGGCAAAAUUCCCCCAGGAGAA